AAAUAAAGAUGAACUAAAAUAAAAAUUUUGAAGAAAACAAAACAUUCGAUUUGGAGCAAUGUUAGGGUUUCUCUUGAAUUAAAGCUUUCUUUCUUUCUUUUUUACAUUCAUUUUGUGAAUUCUCAGAAAAUGAACACUGUCGUAGCAACUUUUCGCGGGAAUUUUAGCCCCUCCACGUACUUCAAUACUUGUUGUGAUGCUGGCGCGCGGCCAUUUCUAGCUUCCUCCAUUGUUCCUCGAUUGAAACGGCACCGGCAGAGUGAUUUCAAGUUGUACAGAGUCUCCAGGUUUUCUGGAAAGAGGGAGAUUGUUUGUAGAAUGACGGAGACACAGGCCGAACCUGAUAGCAAUGACAAUGAGGAAAGGAAAGCACAUGAAGAUGGAGAGUCUGCACAAGCCAUGGACUCCCCUGGUGAAAAUGACUCCCAGCCCGACUCCCAGCCGGUAGUUGUGAAUCAAAUAAAUGGUAGUGGUCAAGAACGUAAUGCUGAAAGUGGCACCCAGAAACAGGAUGAUGAUGUCGAAGUUGCCAGUGGAUCGCCUUUGCCAGGUGUGAAGCCACGGCAACUGGACGAAUCAUUCAGGAUCCCAAAGGAAACAAUUGAUAUUCUUAAGGAUCAAGUAUUUGGCUUUGAUACUUUUUUUGUGACAAGUCAGGAGCCAUAUGAGACUGGAGUUUUGUUUAAAGGAAACUUGCGGGGGAAGCCUGCUAUAAGUUACGAAAAGAUAACAAACAGGCUGCAGAAUAAAUUUGGCGAUCAGUAUAAGCUUUUCCUUCUUGUUAAUCCAGAGGACGAUAAACCUGUUGCAGUUGUAGUUCCACGAAAGACCUUGCAACCAGAGACAACAGCGGUCCCUGAGUGGUUUGCAGCUGGGGCUUUUGGACUGGUUACAGUUUUUACCCUACUUCUGCGCAAUGUGCCUGCAUUGCAGUCCAACUUAUUAUCAACCUUUGACAAUCUGAACUUGUUAAAGGAUGGACUGCCUGGAGCUCUUGUAACUGCACUUAUUCUGGGGAUACAUGAACUUAGUCACCUGCUAGUUGCCAAAAACAAUGGUGUUAAGCUUGGGGUACCAUACUUUGUUCCAAGUUGGCAGAUAGGCUCUUAUGGUGCUAUUACAAGAAUCAUAAACAUUGUACCAAAACGUGAAGAUCUUCUGAAGGUUGCAGCAGCAGGACCUUUGGCUGGGUUUUCUUUGGGUCUUGUUCUAUUUCUUUUGGGUCUUGUCUUACCACCUAGUGAUGGUAUAGGUGUUGUAGUUGAUGCUUCUGUUUUCCACGAAUCAUUUCUCGCUGGCGGUAUUGCAAAGCUUCUUCUUGGCGAUGUGCUUAAGGAAGGCACUCCCUUAUCUGUCAACCCACUUGUGAUAUGGGCAUGGGCUGGACUUCUUAUCAAUGCCAUUAACAGCAUCCCUGCUGGAGAACUUGAUGGUGGGCGAAUUUCUUUUGCCAUAUGGGGGAGAAAGGCCUCAGCUCGCUUCACGGCUGUGUCACUCGCGCUUCUUGGGCUAUCCUCCUUGUUUAGUGAUGUUGCAUUUUAUUGGGUAGUCCUCAUCUUCUUCUUACAAAGGGGGCCAAUUGCUCCGCUCUCUGAGGAAAUCACAGAUCCUGAUGAGAAAUAUGUUUAUCUUGGAGUUUUAGUUUUGCUUUUAGGAUUGCUGGUAUGCUUGCCAUACCCCUUCCCUUUCACAGAAGCCAUUGCAGAUUUCUAGUGACAGGUUCCAUUAAUAACCACUAGAGGCUGUCCCAUAGAAUUCUAAGAGUCCAAGCUAUUAGACAUUUUUCAGAGAAGCUCUAAUAUACUUGGCUUGUGAUGUAGAUACCAUAUAUUUGACAUUUUUAUUGCAUGAAUAAAUUCAUAUAUGUGGAUUUAUGCA